AUGAGCUCUCCAACAGCGAGAGCUGGCUCAACACAGACGCAAGGAAGAAAGGAGAAUAGAGGAGACACGAUUUUAGAUCUAUCGGGGCAAAAUAUCGAAACACUUGCCGAUCUACGGUCUUUUCUUUCCCCGCAAAUCAAGCAAUUGGACAUAUCCAACAACAGGCUCUCAUCGCUCAAUGACUUGUUGCCAAUGUUUCAACUCUUAGACUUCAAUGCCAGUCACAACGUGAUUGUCGAUGUAGAUCAAGUUCUUCCGUUCCCCAAGCUUCAGACACUUAACUUAAGUCAUAAUAGGAUUGUACGCUUGGCCUGCACUAUCCCUACAUCCAUCCGCAGCCUUGACCUUUCACAUAACAACAUAUACUCAUUAGAUCUCAUAGCCCCCGUUCUAUCCCUUAAGUCUUUAGAGUCUCUGGACAUCCGCGAAAACCCUUUGAUGAAACGGGAAACAUACCGUGAUAUUAUUAAGAAUUUUCCACAAUUGAAAAAAUUUAAUGGUAGAGAUGUGCAGGACCUCAGUGUAUCUCUUAUUAGAUCAGAUGAGCUGACUCUAUCUGAGUUAACAGGUAAGAACACCCAUAGCCUGCCGUCUACUUCGUGUACCCAAGAAGCUAACUCAGCCAUUCGCUCUUAUGAUAACUCUCAUUCUGCUGCUCAGAAAGCUAGAACAAAACUUGUAAUUGAUGAACAAGUCAUUCUAUUUUCUAGAAAUGGAGCAUCAUCGUCCCAGUCAUCCAAGCGCCACACUGAAGCACACACAUUGCCGAGUAAGCCAGCUAAUGAAUCAAUUAUUAGACCUCUACCGCCACCUUCCAUAGAUGCAACAGAACCGUUUCUGCAAUCUCAUCACCAGGCACCCGUUGAAGAGCUGGUAUUGCAGCAGUUUGUUGACCAAGCGACAAUGCCGGACUACUGUCCCACCUAUGCCACCGUGGAGUCCCAAACAGAUGUAUGUUACAAAGAGAUACGGCGGCGGACCGCAUACGAUUUCAGCGACGAAGACGAUGACACUAUUGAAUCAAUGUCUGGUGCACCAGACGUUAGUGAGGCUAAGCGCCUGCGGCGGAUCAAAACCCUUCUCAAGAAUUCUGAGCAGAUCGUGGAUAGUACAUAUAUCCACACUUUGCAGGGUCAAUUACAAGGUCACAAGCAGAAUGAAGAACGACUACGUAGUGAGCUAGAUUCUCUUGAGCAGCAGGUAGAAAAGCUGAAGGCAUCCAAUGCGUUGCUGCAGUCAGCGGUGCAAUCAGUAGAAACUGUUUCUUCUGCUGAACGCCAAGAUUUUAUGCUAAGCAGUCAGAUCGAUGAGGUUGUUUUUCUGCGUGAACAAGUGAAAAUUUUGGACGAGUUGUUGAAUAGGCAGGAGGCCGCUUCUGCCGUGCAGUUUCCUGUUCCAGAAGCUAUACCAGAAUAUCUCCUUACUCUGAACGCCUACCGGCGAAAGCUCUUCCAUGUAAUGUUUGACCUCAGGCGGUUGGCCCACGCAAAGGAGACCGCUGAAGCAAGUUGUGCGAUAGCUCCAUCACUCGAUGACGUGCAUGGACUGGUACUCAAGAGGGAAGCAGAUCUAGCCCAGCUUGCUAAAGAAAAGGACCAGGUAAGUGAAAAGCACGCUGAAACACUUAGCAGGUUAACCAUGACAGAGCAUGCAGCACGAGCGUUCCAUGAUGAGGCAACAAGGUAUCUCUCUAUUUUACUGACUAUGCAAGCACAGCUAAGCGAUGGCCUAAAGGUAUCAAGGCUCGAUGGCCUCGAUCAGCAAGUGUCCAGACGUAUCUGUGCAUAUAUGAACACAAGCACAGCGCCAUCUUUAGACGAUGCUCAGAAGUAUAUUUUAGCUGCAACUGAAUCGGCCUCUUAUCGACUUGCAGCUCAGUGCUCUGCAAUUGAAGCAGUGACCUGUCGUAUCAAUGACAUCCUCUCUGAAAAUCAGGUAAUAACGGAAGAGAAGGAGCAACUCUGCCAAAAGUUGGCAAUAUUGACGAAGGAGCGGGAUGAAUUACAGGCAGACAACCUUUUGCUGAAGGAUGCAUUUAGGCACCAACGGGAAGAAAGGGCCAGGCUUGAGGAAUUAAGGGCGUCGGGAUAUCUGGACAAGGCUGUGUCAUGCACGGAGAUAGACCUGGGGGAUAUUGCCCACGGAUCCACGCAAACCUAUCUUGCUGAGUUCUUUGUCCAUGCUGAGACCCAAGCAGAUCUGCAUGAGCUUUUAGUGUUUAAAUCUGUCCAGACUGUGAGAGAAUUGUUCACCGUGGAUGACGAAACCCAGACAGGAAAUCUGCGCGAGUUAACAAAUUAUAAUAACUCCCAAUUCGACACUCUUCCUCCAAAUGCCUCUAUAAGUGUGGAUCACGUGGAAGAAGAAGCAGACGAAGAAUAUCGGAGGUUGCUGCAACUGAAAAGUGUUCACGACAGAUCCAAGGGAGCGGAUUGUACCAUUAUUCCCAGUUCCAUCCUCUUGAAGUUGCACCUAGACACAUGCGCUGAGGAUACGCCCGAAUCUGCUCUUGAUGCUGCCAUCAGGUCACUCUUGCUUACCCAGUCUACCGGCCUUGGAAAAGGGAAGUCAUCUGUAGGUGGGUGUGGAAAGAUAGAUGCUGAGCUAGACGGAUCUCAGAAGAUUCACACCGGAACUCAGAUUGAAGCUCCGCUCCCAUCCUUCAAAGCGAUUCAAUGUGAGCUUUUACAGCCACCUAGUAAUGCAGACAGGACUUCUGAGAUGGACUUACGGAGUGCACCAUUGAACUCACUUGGCCCGUCUACUGGACCAAGUGAUAAUUCACAUGUUCCACGAUGUAGAGGGUAUAAUGAAGAGCAAGGGUCUGACUUCGGCUCAGUAGAAGAUACUACUACGAUGGUGUUCGCGGCAAUUCAAGUGGACGCACCCGAUAUGAAGUACUUUGGGGUCCAGACGGACGAGGUUGACGUGGCACCGUACGGCACACUGGCAGCCCUCCAGUCACGCAUGCUAGGUCCAGACGAAAAGCUAAUCAUAGAAUCAGAUACUAAAAUAGCGAGUACGCAAUGUGAAGAAAUUAGUAUUGCGUUUAAGUCCAUACAGUGCCUUCUGUGUUCCGGAAAUGAGCCGCGCUGUACCUCUGAAAGCAACAGUGUGAUGAGCGAUGCACCAAGUACUCAUAAUCAUAUACUGUCAGACUAUAAAAAUCUCGCACAGAAACACGAAGCGUGUGUGGAGGUAUCUAUGCAAACUGACGAGCUACUCAAACAUAUCCAUCAAGAAGCAUCCGUGGUGGAGAACUCCUACUCUGUUUCACGCCUAUGCUCUCCCCCACAGUCUCCUUACUUGUGUGCAAUAGAAUGUGAGCGUUACUGCGACAUCCUUGUCGAGCGUUUGCACCAGCAGACUCAAGUACUUGCAGCACGUGAGCUGGAAGCAGAAGAUAUGAAUGAGGUUGUUUCGGAAGUUAUGAAGACGAUAAGCUCAGCAGAGAGUAAGGUCUCGGACUACAAGAGAAAACUACACGAGAGUCAAGAUACUAUCUCUAAACUUCAAGACACUAUCGCUCAUCUGCAAGGAGAUGUUGCCUCGGGUGAAGCUAAAGGAGCCGAGCAAGAAGCUCGCAUAAGGCUGCUUGAAGAACUCCUGGGCACAAAGGACGGGAAGGAACACAUUGAAGCAGAGAUACAGACAAGGCUCAACUUGUUGGACAUGAAGCUUCUUUUUGCGCAGAUGCGCGUUUCGACAAGUUCUGCCUCGACACAGUAUGAGCCACAGUCAGCGCCCUUUCGAGACUGUGAUCACAGAGACGCGGUGGAUGCUAGCAUUAUAAUUCAGAACCUUUCAGGCGACAACAUAAAGCGGUCCUUGGUGUCUAGGAGUUGCUCAACAAGCAAGCAUGUGUGCAAAUCAGAGGAAUUACAGGCAUCUCAGUUUGAACCUGUCGUGAUACCUCUUACCCCACCUCUGUCUGCAUCGUCUAGUUCUUCUUCUAGUUCCGACGAAGGUGAGUUUUUAGCAACAAGUUUUAGAAACAGCCCCUUUGUAGCUCUUAAAGUAGUUACCGCAGGGUCUGCUCACGAAAAAGGCAGCACCACUGUUAGCAUAUUUCAGCCUUCCACAGAUGUCCUUCAAUCUUCGCUGAGGCCACCAGAGAAACCCUCCCUUACAAUCCGAGCGACAAACCCCCCAUAUGGUGGACCAGAGACACGGGUACGAUUCUUUUGCAAGUCAGAUGAUCCGGGGACAAACCCUGUAAUCACAAAUUAA